AUGAUUCGACUUUGGCGAACGGCAAGACUGCGUAAAGACAAGGGUGGUACCGCUGAGAAAAAGAACGAUAACCGCAGUCAACGUCCCGUCUCGCCGGCUGCGCUCGCUCAGCCCUAUCCAGCACCUGUCAUAUCGCAAACUGUACAAAAUUUAUCCGUUCUCCUAUCACAACCCUCCUCGGCGGUUGUUUUUGGUCAGCAGUCGGGCAUACCGUUGUCUGCAUCGAACUCGAACAAUACGAACAAUUUGCAAGUGUCGGUGCAGUCAAGGCAACAACAGAUCGCGUCGUCGUCAUCGUCAACUCUAAGCAACAACAACAACACGACCAGUGAUCACCAGACACAAUCGUCAGCACCUCCACUUCUAACACCAUCAGUCACAAUCGCAACCACACCAUCGUGCUCAUCAACGCCAACGUUUUCGUCGUCACUAAAUACAGACCGAUUGAUCAGUGGUGCGACAUUUAUGCUCAACGAAGAAGUGAAUAGAAUAAUGCGAUCAAUUCAAGGCAGUCAGCGACCGAACAACAGCACCAGCAGCAGCACUACAUAUCCUCAGUCUUCUACUUCUACUUCUGGUUCUCUUGCUCGUGCUGUAACUGCAUCCUCGUUGUCCUCUUCGACAAAUUUAUCCAACCAACAGCAAAGAGUCGUCGACAGCAUACCGCAGCUUAAUAACAAUAAUAAUACUGUUAAUAUGAGCAAUUGUAAUGGACAGGUUACUCAGUCACAGGCACUCAAUUCUGCUGCGUUACGUCAAAGACUAGCGACUCGGCACGAUACUGUCAAUGCUCAACAACAGCAACAACAGUCCUUCAAUCGAUCUAGCAGCAGCAAAAUUUCUUUGGCGCAGUCGUCAACUAUUCGACAACAGCAGUUACCAGCAGCAAACGUUCGAGUGCGUAUGCAGCCGAAAUCAUUACCGCCAUCUGGUUUAAGACAGUGGUCAUCAGCCAACUCAUUAACGGUGUGUGUUCGUGUUCGAAAUGCUUCUGGGACGGGCACGUCUGGUCGUUCUAAUCCUUCAACAUCGAGCAAUAAUUACCUCUCUUCAAGACAAACAAGCCACAGCAUUUCAUCACAGCGUUCAACUUCGACUGCACAAUCGGAAUCAAUUAUACCCAUCUCGGAGAACUACAUUAUACGCAAUUCGCGUGGUGAACUGGUGUGUAAAUUACCGGAGUGCACAGGCAUUCGUAUAGACAAACUGGCAGUUGGUCACGUUCAUAACCUGCGACAUAACAUUCACAACAAUUAUUUCUGUUUGGAGUGUGGCACGGCAUUUACUGCUGAAUUGUUCGCAAUCAAACAUCAAAUUCAAGUUCAUCAUAAUGGCGUAGGUAAGUGUAUUGCUCAGUUAUAUCUUGAUUAUUCAGUGUGUGCGAUCUACUGA